UGAAAACACACAUUGUAUCACCUUCAAGGGUGAUGUAAAAGGCCAGCUUCAUAAUUGCGAGCGAAGGUCAGAUGAAAUAAAAGACAGCAGCGAAUCUGGUGGCCGUGAUAGCAAAGGGAUGGUAAAUGGUAAAGAAUCUGGCGUACCGCCUCAGUUUGACAGGUCCAAAUGUUCACAGGAAUGCCAUGAACAAAUAAUUGACAUUAAAGCAAAGGUGACUGAAAAAAAUGAAACCUCAAGUCUUGGGUCUCGAGAGCAUUUGGUUAGGGUUGACAAGAGAUCCCUGGAUUUUAAGGUUCCGAUGUGGCUUAUGGAGAACAUAGAAGACAGUGUAUCACAGGUGGUAGGAAGGUCCUUGGAUGCUUCACCAGAUGUCCCUGAGCUUCAUAACUUAGAAAGCAACGAAGACAAUCAAGAGGAGCAGAGCUCUGGACUUCAGGUUGCUCAAAGUGUGACUCGGAUUAGACAAUGUGAAAAUGAGCAUUGUGUUGCUGAGGGGAAAAGCCCAGAGGGCCAAGUGGAAGUUAACCCUGGGUUUAAGAAGGUCAAUGAUCAAAUAGUAAAAGUUACACCUAAAUCAGAUAGAAAAUAUGUCACCACAAUGCCUAAUUUCCAAAAGAACAGCAAUUCGGGUGCUGCUAACACAUGGGGAGGAAAACGCCUCUCUAGUGAUUCACUCUGCACAUCUACUGAUAGUGAAGAUGAACCUAAAUCUCAUUGCUCUCAGCACGCAAUAAGGCCUAGUAACCAUAGACCAGCUAACAUUGGCAAGAACAUGGAUCUUUCUGAUGCUGACUAUGCCACUGAUGAACCCAGUGGAGCUGAUGAUUACUCAUUGAAAAAUGGAAAAUUGCUUGCCAGUAAGUCUGGUGUCCAGGAGCCAGCAGGUCAACAGGAGGCCACUCUUAUCACAAGUAGUAGCAGCAGCAGCAGCAGUGAAUCUAGUGUUGAUGAUGGCAGCCUGAAAUUUGGAAAGACUCUCUCCCUCCUUAGAAGAUCUUCCUGCCACCCCUCAAAAACUAGAAGAGGAGGAAGGAAGUCUAAAACACAGAGCAAUGGUGUUGCCAGCAAUUACAGUGCAGAGUACAGUUUGCAACCUCCUUCCUUGACAAGUGAUCUUGUGGCCAACCUUUUCCCUGCUCUCAAAAGCAAAGCAAAUGUAGAUGAUAAAAGAUCUACCCCAGAGCAAGUUCAGAAAAGGCACACUGAUAAGUUAGAAUGUGAACCGGAAGUUAAGGUGCAUCAGAGAGAAACUUCUCUCCUAGCUCAGAUGAAAGAAGAACAAGCAAAAGCCAUGGACUUUCUUAGAAGACAAAUAAACCAAUUUGAGGCCAGGAGGUCACAGAAGUUGCGUUCCCUGGAGGAGUGCAAGACUGAGGAAGCCCUAAAAUUGCAGAAAGAAAAGGCAGAAUUUGAGAAGCAUACGACAGUAGGUAAAGGAGAAUCAGGGGAAAUACAAAUGUUAAAGCAGCAAAUAGCAGGGCUGCAGGAGGAGUUCAGAAGGAAUGAGACCCGCUGGCACGCUGCCCAUGGCGAGCUCAGAAGUCAGGUCGAAGCACUGACCAAACAGAACCUGGAGCUUCAAGACGAGCUCAGGGUCUCUGAGCACCAGAAGAUGGAAAGCGAAAGGAAACAUGGAGCUGUGGAUUUGAUUGGCAGAAAAAGACAAACGCCGGUCUCAGCAGCUAUUUUGAGAGGGACACCACCUGAAGAAACACUGGUAGAGAAAUUGUCACAAAAUAGCCACAAGAGCCCUCACGAUAAGCGCAUGGGAAGGAAAAUAGUACCACCAGAUGAAUUGGCCCCUAGAAAUAGGGAUUCACGGGCAACAAGGAGGGCUCUGCAAAGGUCUGAGUCACUGAAAUCUGCAGCAGGAGAACAAAGAGUGAAGAGCCCAUGUAAAACAGUUCAUAACAGAAGUGUGACACCCAUAAGCCAGAGGACCCCUCAUCAAACACAGUUCGGACUACAGAAAGCUUUGCCUCAGUUGGCUCACAGUCAGCAGCACAGUUAUGGAAGGAAGACACCAGUGUCUGAAUCAGAACCAAGAGUACUUACCAGCCCAGCUCUGCAUGUGAAAGGCACGUUCUCUUCCACUUCAGGUAGUUCAGAAGACACAACAUUUUUAAAUAGUCAAAGCAAUGACAGUUUAAGCGCCACAUCCUUGAUUAAUGUGAAAGAGAAUCCUAGCCAUAAAAGUGUUCAGAGAUCCAAUAAAUCUUCUGAGCAAGUGGUUUCUGUGUCCACCUCCAGGAAAAACAGCAUUGCCUCAAAUGGCAGGAAUACACCUGUGGAAAAUCUUCCUGUUUUUGUGGAAACUAAAAAUAAGGCUUCUCCUCUCAAAUCAAUACUGUCCAGAAGAGCAUCACUAUAUACUGAAAUAAAGGAGGAUGGGGAAGUGAAAGAAAUAAUAGAGUACCCCGAUGGAAAGGUAAAACAACUGUUUACUGAUGGGCGCAGGAUUACUAAAUAUCCCAACGGGACAAAAAUGGAGAUUAGCACAGAUAAAAGAACAACUGUUUUUACUUUUUACAAUGGAGAUAUUAAGAAGAUCUUGCCAGAUCAGAGAGUGAUUUAUUAUUAUGCAGAGACACAGACAACCAGAACCGUUUUCCCGAAUGGAUUGGAAGUGCUGCAGUUUCCUAAUAAUCAGAUUGAAAAGUACCACCCCGACGGCACUGAAGAAAUCGUGUUUCCAGACCAGACUGUGAAAUGCCGUUAUGACGGAGGUAUGGUGGAAGAAACAGUUUUCCCAGACGGUACAGUUGUGAAAGUGGAAAAAAGUGGAGUUAAAACCAUCCAGUUCCGUAACGGGCAAAAGGAGAUUCAUAUGGCACAGUCUACGAGAAGGGAAUACCCUGAUGGGACUGUCAAGACUGUCUAUGCUAAUGGCCAGCAGGAAACCAAGUAUUCUUCAGGACGGGUUCGAAUCAAAGAUGAGAAGGAGAUCGUCAUCCUGGAUAAGGAGUAACGUG